CUCCUACUGUCAGAGUCGUUCUCCACGUUUCUACAACAACGUUUCACUCUUGGAAGUCUUCAUCCUCCAGACUAGUCUUCAUCCUCUUGACUCUAGACUUCACUCAGAGAAAGUGCAAUGCAUAUCUCCACUAUUGCCAUACUGACUAUUUUUCUUCAUAGCAUUGCAGUAGGAGUCGUACAGGAAUCUAAAUCAUGGGCCGAUUUUGAAUCCGCGAUGGGGAAAAGUGGUUUAUGCCUUGGUCCUGUUGAUGAUUCCAGCAAAGACCUUGCCACGGCAUUUCUAGAUGUUGAUUGUGUUAAUUACCCAAAAGUCAAAUGCUACUAUGGAAUGGAAGGUAAUAGCACUCAACCAGAAACUUCUUUCAAUCAACAUUUCAAAACCAAUGUAGCUCCUGCAUUUUUUUUCUACAAAGAUGGUAAAGAAGUUGCAUCCAUUAUACAAAAUAAGCCCGUACUUGGGCCUGAAAUUGAUACUAUAUUCGAAUGCGUGUUCUCUGUGUCUGAUAAUUGCAUCUACAAUAAGGCUAAUUGAAAUUGCAGUGGACUGUAAUGAAUGCUUUUAUAAAUAAAGAAUGUUUGAGAAAUA